AUGAGCCAAUCUAAAAUUGUUACACCAAUUGCAUCAAAACCCAUUACUAUUCCUGCAGAGUUGACACCAGCACAAAAGGAAGCUGCGCUUCCUUUUCUUACACAGGAACCACCAAAAAUUAAAUCAUCUAAAUCAAAGUCUUUAAGCCGUUUCUUUAAGAAACUUGCCACUAAAUCACCUAAAACAUGUACCAAAUCAACAGAAGCUCAAACCCAAUAUAAGCUCACAUUCGUUCCUGUUGUUAAAAAGAGCGAAACCGUCUUAGAAUCUAAAGCUGGAGUCACUGAAAUUGUCUGGUACGAUAACAGUGAAAUCACCUCUAAUGCUAUCGAAUUAGCCCAGCGUAUCUGGGAAGAAGAUAACACAGUCUACAAAAGCUUGGAUUCAAUCGUUGAAUGGAUCGGUAACGGUAAAGAAGAAAGUAACUCAAUUCUUCAAUCGUAUAUGUCUCAUUUCGACUUCAAAGGCUUGAAACUCGAACAAGCUUUCCGUACCUUGUGCUCCAAGCUUUACCUUAAAGGUGAAACACAACAAAUUGAUCGUGUCUUGCUUCAAUUCUCUGCUCGCUAUUUUGAGUGUAACCCUCAAAGCAUCUUUGGGUCCAUUGAUGUUGUACAUGCCAUUGUUUAUUCUCUCUUGCUCUUGAACACUGAUCUUCAUGUUGCCCAAGGUGACUACAAAAAGAUGUCUCAAUCUGCAUUCAUCAAGAACACAAUGAGUGCUAUCACUAUCCAAGAUAACAUGCUCUCUUCUGAAGCUUGGAUUCCUCUUCAACGUACUAAUAGCAACACCAGUACCUCUACUCAAUCUUCCAGUGCCUCCAAGUAUUGGGAAAUCGAGGUCAAAAACAUGCUCAAGCAAAUGUACAGUAGCAUUCGUUGUAGUCAAAUUACCGACCCUUCUUCUCCUGUCACUACUGUUCGUCACAACAGUGUUGGUGCUACCUUUAGACGCAGUGUUGGCUCUAUCAUCAAGAAGAAAGUUGUUCGUGAUGAUGAGUCUAUCAAGUCUGUUAAAUCAGCUGUCUCUUCUAUCAUGCACUAUCAAGCUGUUGCUUCUCAUCUCCAAAGCACUGAUCUUCCUGUCUCAUAUACUAGCAACGCACCUUACUACAAGGAGGGUAUGGUUGCUCGCAAGCAUCUUUUAGAGUCUAAGACCCAAAAGGCCAAGCAUCGUGACUGGAAAGAAUGUUUCAUGGUUAUUGAACGUAGCCAGCUCCGUAUGUAUAAGCUUGAUACUACCGCUACUUCUGAGUCUGUCACUCUUGGUGGAGGUAAUUGGAUGGCUCAUGCUCAGCUCAUGGGUGCUAUUGAUCUCAAGCAUGCUCUUGCUAGUGCUCUUCCUUCUGGUUACAGCCGCCAGCGUCAACAUGCUUUCACUCUUCAAGAAUCCAAUGGUGCAGUCCAUGUAUUCCAAGUUGGAUCCGAUGAACAAGUUGAAGAAUGGAUUUCUACCUGCAACUAUUGGGCUGCUCGUGAGAGCAAAGAGCCUUUGAUUGGUGGUGUUGGAUCCAUGGAAUAUGGUUGGGUCAACUGUUUAGAAACCAAUGUCUCAUGUGCCAUGGUCUAUGAAUGGCAAUCACCUGCUGCUCCUAUCUCCAGCAGCAUGUUGGAAGAAUCUGCUCAAGUCCAAGCUCUUUACAAACAUGUUCAAGACUUGACCAAUCAAUUGGAUCAACACCAUGAUAUCAAGUCCAAGAUGGAAUCUCACUUUACUGGUUCUAGAUUCAAUGCUAUUGCCAUGAACAACUGGGAAAGCAAAUCUCUUUACCUCUUGAGUGAAAUCAUCAAGUAUCAAAACUAUUGUAAUUCUAUUGAAAAGUCACUCGCUUUGCAAGCCAGUAUCAUGGCUUAA